AGCUCUGACAACUCCGUCGAAGCAAUGAAGUCCUUCUUCUCUUUGUUUGCUGUGUUCCUCUCUCUCUCUCAGGUCAAUGCCAUUCAGCCUCGAAAGGUAGAGAACCGCGGUGACGAGGCUCAAACCACAUAUUGCGACGAUCCCUACUACGCGAUACCUCUGUACCGUGGCUAUUCAGGGUCGGGCACUGACCAUUUCUAUACCACCAAUGGCGCGGAGAUGGAGAAUGCAGUCAGCAAGCUGGGUUAUGCAUACGAAGGCGAACCUGGUUAUGUCUUUGGCUCUUACUCCUCAUACACCGACACAAUUCCGCUUUACCGCGUGUACAGCGGCAGUGCGGUCGACCAUUUCUAUACCACAUCGGCCAGCGAACGUGACAACGCCGUGGAACACCUCGGGUACAGCGAUGAAGGCAUUGCCGCCUACGUUUAUGGCAGCGAUAUCUGCGGCGCCAUCCCGCUCUACCGCACCUACAGCCCAGGCGCUACGGAUCACUUCUACACGACGUCUGAGUCCGAGCGCAACAACGCGGUGGCCCACUUGGGUUACAAUGAUGAGGGCAUUGCGGCGUAUGUGCUCCCCGUGCCAUCAGACAAUGUGAGAUCUCUUCCCGUUCUGCAUGCUCUGCCCAUUGCUGAUACAUGAUUGAGUCAGUAAGCGGUGGUCAUUCGAUAUAGGGGCUGCUUGGAGAUGAGAGAGUCGACCCCGCUUGCUUUCACCCGACCUCUAAUUGUUAGGUUAUAUCCGAAUGUCUUCUGCAUCGUAUUAUGGUCAACGCCACAUCUGUCAAAUUUAUCUUGCUCCACCAAUUUGAAACUUGAAGGACUUUC